AUGGCCACAGUUGGAAAACCAUACAGUUCUCAAUUGCCUACAUUAAGGCAAAAUCAUUCCAUACCCUCAAAACUAAAACCGCCCGCCCGCUUAACCAAACCAACCACGACUAAUGCUGACAAUACAUUUGCGUCUACCACAAGACAGGCUAAAUCCAAUGAUAAAGAACAACCACCCGUUAGACAAAUACUGACACCGACAAGGACGCCUACAAAGUCCCCUCCUCCCCCAUCCACGCCGACGUCAUCGAAGCCUACCACUAUUACCACCACUAGUCGAUUAGUUCGACCAAAAAUCACCCGGAACAUAUCACCAGUUAGCCCGUCUGUGGCAAACUCGGACCAGGAAUCUGUAUCUUCUUCUAGCACCCAAUCUAAACCAGGUACCAAAACUGGCUUUUCAAACGUAAAAUCUCGUGUCGGUUCACUCGAUAAUAUCAAGCAUGUACCAAAAACUACCGGAAAAAAGAUCCUUUCAGAAAAGCUGGACUAUUCUACUGUGAAACCGCGGAUUGGGUCGUUGAACAAUGUAAAGCAUACUCCAAAAGGAGGCGAUAGGAAAAUAGUGGAUGCCAAGAUCGAUUUUUCGAAUGUCUCCUCUAGAAUUGGUUCAUUAAAGAACAUAAAGCAUACUCCAAAAGGAGGCGAUAGGAAAAUAGUGGACGCCAAGAUUGAUUUUUCGAAUGUCUCCUCUAGAAUUGGUUCGUUAAAGAAUAUAAAGCAUACUCCAAAAGGAGGUGAUAAGAAGAUAGUGGAGACCAAGGUCGAUUUUUCAAACGUCUCCGCUAAAAUUGGUUCAUUAAAGAAUAUCAACCAUGUGCCAAAGGGAGGUGAUAAGAAGAUACUGGACGCCAAGGUCGAUUUUUCAAACGUACCAGCAAAAAUCGGUUCAUUUGAUUAUAUUGGCCAUGUUCCACAGGGCGGUGAUAAACCCAUAUUUCACGAUCCCGUAUACUUUGACGAUGUUAAAUCUCGUGUAAGAAGCUUGGAUAACAUUAGCCACGCACCGACUGGCGGAGAUGUAAGGAUAUUCAACGAAAAGCUAUCCUUCCGCGAUUAUGCCGCUCCACGCAUUGACACCGGUUGUAAUUCGACGUCGACUGCAUCAAUCUCAAUCAGCGAAUGCUCAUCCCGCCUCGGCGUCGAGAGUCCGAUUUCGCCCCUCGCCCUCGACGAUGCUAACAAUAAUGCUCCUCCUCUCCAACCCGAUUCCUCAUCAGAAUCCUCCUCCUCUCGUGACGGAGAACUCUUCACUCCGCCUCCAUUGAAGGUUGCUCUCUCCCCGAUUGUUGAGGCUUUCUCGGCUGAUGAAGAUCCUAUCUCGGAAGAAGACGUAGGACAAUUAUCCGAGACCGAAUUAAGUUUCGAGGUUAACGUCACGCGAAAGUCAAUGCUGCUGGCAGAAGAAAGAAAAUUGAUACGACUGGAGUCAGCCGUUGAGGAGUCUCCUACUGAUGAAGUGGCUCGGGAAAUGAGUUUUGAGGAGAAGCAGAAUUAUCUGGGAUCAUGGAUAUAA